AUGGAGGACUUGUUCAAUAUUUUCUUGCGGGAAUGGAGUCUGAGGUCGAUUCAGCAGGCUUUCUAUCAACUCUGCGUAAACAGAGGUGCCGAUCCAACGGAUUAUACGAAUAUUUAUGAGAAGUAGGCCAGGUUUAUUCAGUUUAUGCGAUCAGUUACUAUGAUUUAUUACCUAAUUUUGAUAUUUUUAGAUUGAAACAAGCGGAUCGUUUCCUAGAACCUUCGUCAAAACAGCGAACUCUUUGGACAUUGCUGGAUAAACGUCGAGCACAAAAAGAAUAUCAGAAUCAGCAAGUAUGUCGAGGAAUGAAUGUUUUGGUGAUUGGCGCUGGACCUUGUGGGUUGAGAGCAGCCAUUGAAGCAGCUCUCCUUGGCUGUCAUGUUGUAGUAAUAGAAUCUAGAGACAAAUUUACCAGAAAUAAUGUUCUACAUCUCUGGCAGUUUGUUAUCCAUGACUUAAAAGCCCUCGGAGCCAAAGUUUUCAUGCCUAAAUUCUGCACAGGAAGCAUUGAGCAUAUUUGUGAGCAGUUAAAUUAUUUAUCUAUCUGGAAACGCCUGGUUCUAAAUAUUUUAUCAAAUCUGUUUUCAGCCAUUCGAAAGUUACAGUUCAUCUUGUUGAAGAUAGCUCUCGUUCUCGGAGUCCAAUUCUACGAUUCUGUAAAGUUUGAAGAUCUCGUUGAACCAAGAGACGGCAAGGGAUGGAGGGCUCAAUUCAACCCUCGGGAUCAUCUUCUAGCCGAUUAUGAAUUCGAUUUUGUUAUUGCGGCUUCAGGAAAAAAUAUGUGUCUUCCUGGUAGGUUGGUUUUAAUUAGACAUUAUCUCCUUAUUCUAGCUUUUCAACAGGUCGUUGUAAGAGGGAAACUUGCUAUUGGAAUCACGGCCAACUUUGUGAAUCGUCGUACAAAAGAAGAAGAUGCUGUUCCGGAGAUCCAAGGGGUCGCUUACAUCUAUCGACAACAAUUCUUCGAUCAAUUACAAGCGAAAACGGGAGUAAAAUUAGAGAACAUCGUCUACUACAAAGGAGAUACCCAUUAUUUUGUUAUGUGUGGGGAUAAGAAUAACUUGGUGAAGAAAGGAGUCAUUAAACAAGACAAUGAUGACAUUAAACAAAUGCUGAGCAAAGACAAUAUCGAUAAUGUUAGUGCAUUAAUUGUUUUCGGAAUGCCCAUUUCAGGAAUUGUUGUGUAAAUAUGUAAUGCAAGUGGUAGAUUAUGUGACGGACGGGAAGUUGUCAGGAGUCCAGUUCUCCCUGAAUGCCCGGCGUCAGCCGGAUGUCGCUCUGUUCGACUUUACCGAGUUAUGCUCUGCUGAUCACUCAACUCGCUUUGUCAAAUACAUGCAACAUCCCCUGGUUCUGACAGUAGUGGGCGAUCUUCUCCAUGAACCUUUUUGGCCGACUGGAUCGGGUUGUGCCAGAGGGUUUUUGGGAGUUUUGGACACGGCUUGGUUGAUUCAUGAGAUUGGUAAGGCCAAGGAACCCGUCUCCAAGUUACUCGCAGAGCGAGAAGGAGUCUAUAAACUGUUAGGGCAGACUCAGCCAAGCAAUCUCUCUUCUUCGUUUCACAAGGUAUGUUUCGAUUGCCUAAAAGAUAUUUUUAUAGUAUACGAUUGAUCCCAGGGAGAGGUAUCUUUGCUUUCAACGGACACAGGCUGAUGUUGCUCAUCUGAUGGGAACCGGUGAUGCCGAUGAGGAAAAAUUGGACAACCUCGUGAUGAGUGUGAAUCGGAACAAAAGUGGGCAUGUCGAGUUUCAAAGAAAGGCUUCUUUAUUCCGUUUCUGUUAUAUGGGAGCAUUGUCACAGAAAGUAAGAUUGGCGGCUCUUUAUAGUAAUUCGAUUUAGCUCAAAAUUACCAACUUCCGUGCUGGAAGCUGGGCUGACGGAAAAUCCCUGGCUGCUUUAAUUUCAAAAUACAAUCAAGAGUUUGAGACCGCUCGAAGUGUCGAGCCUGAGGGCUCAAUUAACCCGGCCUCUUUAUUCAACGAAACCAUGACGUUUGUUCAAGACAGACUAGGGAUUCCAAAACCUUGCAAGACUCAGGCAGAAUGGUCCAGUCUGACUGAAAAAAGGAGGAUCGAAUUCUUGGAAAUUCUUGUUGAUGUCCUCAAGUAAGUGAAUAUUCUUUUGUUUUUUACCGUAUUUCACUCUAGAGCAGAUCCGUUCCAUAGUAAAUUAUGUAUGUCUCCGACAUUAUGUCAGAAUUAUGCUGAUGAUAAGGCCACACAAUCUGCGAAACAAGCCAAGGUUCUAAGGGCAAGGCAAUUACCGCCGAUUGAUCCCCGGGAUACUGUACUGAACUCUGAUCUGCUCACCCCAAUUAAUGAUUCCAAUAUUACAGUUAGGAAGAGGUCUUCUGGAACUAAACCGAAACGCCCAAGCGUUGAACCGUUGAAUCCUGAGCUCCUGUUUAAGGUACGAAGUGACAGAAUAUCUUUUAUAAAAUUUCCAUUAUUUUUUGUUUUCAGGUGGAUCGCGUCGUCUCAGGAGCUCCGAUUCGGCCACCUCGGCCUUCAAUGGAUGGGCCCAGUUGUCUGGAGCGUCGGAGAAUGCUGAUCGAGGAAAGGCAAAAGGUGAGUAUAAAAAUAUUCCCAGAGCUCCGAUCGUUUUUGAAUAUUUACGCGCCAAAAACAUUCCUGGGCGAUUCAGAUGUCCCUCUGAUUUGCAUUUUUGAGGAAAUACGGGUAUUGAGUGUGCUUUUAUUGCUCUUGAACGUUCAGUUUUAUUAUUUCCUCUUUAUUUUUAGAAACUUUUACCCGAAAAAGAUACUCUGAACGAAUCUUUGACAUCCGGGACUCUGGCUGGUGUUAAAUCAGUAUCCAAAUUCAGAGCCAAAUUCGACAGUGUUCCUGAAGAUAAGAACGAGCCUAGGCCUUUAAAGGAGAGAAAGAAGGCUGCCCCUUCGCCAACGUCAUCUUCUUCUAGUUCUCUCGAAGAUCAUCCAGCCGAUCCAAUGAAUGUUAGGGUUACUGUAAGAGAAACCUUAAUUGAAGCGCCUGAUGUUGGUAGCUACAGAACACGCGAUGAACAGAAAGAAGUUACCUUUAGGGUAAGAUUAUAUUUUAAUAAUUAAAAUCUUGCAGGAAACUCCAUCAGUGAUCAGUAGACCAGCCUCGGUACCCAUCAGAAAUCCAUCUUGCAACUCUCAUUCGAAGACGGUCUCGCCUCCAUCACUGGCACAUCAGAAUUCAUUGAAUGCCGUCUACAACACAGUCUCUCAACGGAGAAUGCGACUUUGUUCAUUGUGUCAGGCCGAGGUUUAUCUUGCCGAACAAUUAUUGGUAGACCGUGUUUCCGUCCAUAAGCAAUGUUUUCGUUGCGCCUAUUGUGAGCGGGCGUUGACAGUAAGAAAUGCCGUUAUCGAUAAGUCGUUCCAAAACGAGUAUGGCCCGAGGUGGUAUUGCGCUCAACAUCAGGCACUAAACCCAUCGGACAAGUUGGCCAGAUUAAAAAGAACAGCCACAAAGCAACGUAAGUACAAAAAGAGUUAACACUUACGACGUUUUAGAAUCAUGGUCACAAUCUGUCGCUGUAGUACAACCACAAUCAUCCGGGAAUCAUGAACGGCCAAGCUUCCCAACCAGAGCCUUUUUAUCUUCGGAUUCGACAGAUUCUUCAAUUUCCGAGAAGUCAGAAGUUGUUGUGGAAGAGAAGAACUCGUCUUCGCAUUCUACUCAGACACGCCCUGAAAUACAAAUGGCGACGCAAACCACACCGAAAGCUGAGAAUAUGCCUAGGGCAAGAUUAAGAUCGCCCUCACCAAUGAAUAGAUCCAAAUAUCAGUUCCGCGGAAAGGAGAAGUCCAAGGCGGAGCAACCCGGGUUCUUGGGCCAGUCCGAACCUCAUCGUCAGCUCACUCACGUUUCUCGCGAGCCUUAUCAAAGAAGAUUAAGUGAUUUUGAUUCGCCGACUCAACUUAUCAAUGCUUGUAAAGAGAGAACGGCAAGACGAUUGGCCGCGAUCAGUCUGAAGAAUGACGAGAAUAAAAAGGGAACUAAAUUGUCGUCUACUUCUUCUGAAGAUGAAGAUAUCUCCAACCACAAUGUAUAUUGCGAUCAGACAACAGUUAAAUGUUCUGAUGAUGACGAUGAAGAAGAAUUUGAAGAAGAAUUCAUUGAUGCAAUAGACGAAGAAUUAGCAGUGCAAGCGGGGACGGAUGAAGAAGAAUCCUGGAUUGAAUUUGUGGAUUAUUUGGACAGAACUUUGUGUUCAGAGCCCGGAUCUCAGAGUUCCUUGACUACGGAAGUUCAGGCCAAAGAAAUGGUGGAGUCGUUUAACCGGAGAUCUCUCUUGAAUCAUUUUGUUGUUGAAAAUCAGAAAACUCCGAUUUCUAGAAGAUCUCCGGCUGUCCCUGGUACUCCUUUUUAUACCCCAAGACAGCAUCGCGCAGAAACAGUCGAUUUUGUAACACCGCCUUCUCAAGAUGAAAGCCUCGUUUUCCAAACUCCGAUGACUUCGUUCCCAAAAAGACGUCAGGAUUCUGAGGACAAUGAUUUGAGCUACCUGAAAGAUGUUCGUUUAAACUUAUUUGAAGAAUACGGUUCUGUUAUUGAAAUUUAACAAGAAGUAUGUUUCAGAGAGUGAAGCAAAAUGGUACGGGAUUUGUUGAUACCAAGAUGAACAACAAUGGCACUCCUCAAAGACCCACCAGAAUUCGAAGGGGUCCUCGGCGAGCUACUGUAGCUGUCGAUUUAAAAAGAGAAAGUCUGACUCCGGAUGCAAUUGUGAAUGAAUUAAGGGAUGGUGAAGAUGGUGACUCGGGCCGUAUUUCUCAGAUAUCGCAAAAACAAAAUGCUAAAAAUGAGGGACAACUGAAGAGCCGAGCAGUUCACAUAAAACCGACAAAUGAGAAUCUGGAGAGAGUUAAAAAGGAAAUAGAACUCGUAAAAGAGAGACGACAGAGAGAACGGCAGAGACAAUUACAGGUAAAGGAUUACUGAACAGUUUUCAUAUCAGUUAUUUGUCGUCAAUUGAUAAGCUUUGAUAUCUUAGGGUCUUCAAAGAAGAAUGCACGAAGUUGAAGUUAGAAUGGGGGAUGUGAAGUCAGUUGGUGCAUAUCUAGAAAGAAGCUUGGCAACAGAUCCUAAGAAUAAAUGGGAACUCGAGCAAUGGCUCAUCUAUGUGCAACAAUAUCAGACAUUACGGAACGAAGAGAGGGAACUCUACCUCAAAUUGAAAGCACUCAGACUACAAGAAGACUACAAUCUUUUAAAAAACAAACUUCAUGACAUCCAGAGCGGCGAAGUAAAGCACGUUAAAUAUGGGGUAAGACAAUAUACUAGUCGCGGAAAAAAGUCCUUAGAAUUUUCUGCGACUCCGCACUGUGCAUGAACCCGAAAAGUGCAUUUGCACAGUGCAAUUUUCUUGUUUUUCCCUUAUUGUCGCGCGCGAUUCCCGCGACAAAUCCACAUUUCGAGGUGCGACGAGAUUUGGGGGCCGCGAAGAAUUCUAAGGACUUUUUUCCGCGACUAGUAUAACAAGUCCGGGAUUAGGAGAAAUAAUUUUAAUGUUUUAGACGGAAAAGGAGCUAAUGGAACGUUUGCUGGAUAUACUAAAUGAGAAGGACAUUGUGAAAGCCGAACUCGCCGACAUUUCCAGGAAUAAUUGCAAUCAUCAGAAAUCUCCGGCCGAAUUAAUCGAAGAAUCCCCGGACUACAAACUGUUUGAACCCGUCUUUCUCCAUGACAUUAGUGUAAAGACCAUUCAGGUGUAAAUAGAGUAGCCUCCUGUAAAUAUAGACUAAUAUUGUUAUUUAUAUUAACUUAUACAUUCAUAAUUUCGUGGCGAGAUUCAACUAUCCUUUCUCUUUACGUGUUUUACAAUCUUUUCUGUUAUCACGUUUUCUUUGUUUGAAUAAAUUGAUCUUUCAGAAUUUUGCGAGUUUAUAAAAGUGCCAGUUCCUGUUGCGCAAUAACUAAUCAAGCAUUUCUGUUUUGAUCAGCAAUUUCUCUGUCAACGCCUCAGGUAAUACUGGCACAGGUAUAAAAGGAAUAUCCGGUCAGAUUUCAGUCAUUCAUUGGCAAUUUCACUUGCUCAGCUACUUGCCUCUAUUUCCUAUCUGUGUAAUCAUGUUCAUCGAAUGGAAAAGCUUGGUCCGCUCCCUCAGAAAACGUCGUCAAGUUUUGUUGGAAUUGAAUACGACUGAAACGGCAAAGGAGUUGAGAAAGAAGUCAACAAUGAGACGACGCCCAGCCUCCUUCAGGAAGUUCUUUGACUCCCAACCAAACGAACUCAGUUUUCAUCAGAGUGUGACUAAAACGAAGAAACCCAUCGACCAGACUGUCUACGUGAACGUACCGCAAAGAUGUGACUCUGAAAAUAGUUGCUCUACUUCUAUGGCAUGCUCCCAAUUCUCUGAGAGUAAUGGGAAUACUCUUUUCGACGAUGAUCUUAAGCCAGCUAUCUACAACAAGAAAAGGGACUUGUCGCUCUCUGAUGGCAGUGAAAUUGAUGCUGGAACAUGUGUGGAUGUUGGGCAUACAACAUUCAAGAGUUUCGCCAUUGAUCCGAGUGAAAUAUUCGAAGACGAACCCAGUCUUAUUCCCCUCGAAUCCGAGAAAAUGGUUUCACAAUUCUUUGGAAGUACUCUCGAGUCAAUUGAGACCUCAGUUCAGUCCAGCUUAGAGGCCUAUAAUGAAUACAUCAGAUUGAAACACACAAUGUAAGUCAGCACCCCUUAUGAGCUACAUUUAACUUCUAAAUAAUCUAAUAACAGAUUUUUAUUUUCAGAAGAAUCUUGCAAAAGAUUGUUGCACAAAAGGACGCAUUCUUUAUCGAGGGACCGACUGGAAUGUUGAGAUCAUACAUGAACGGGCUUAUAAACUCGUUGGAAAAUACGAUGGAUAAGUUGGAAGAACAAUAUCCUCGACUUCAUGAAUAUGCCCACAAGAAGGGAGCCAAGAAGAUGACGUUGCGAAGAAUCGAUGAAAAUGAUGAAGGAGAAGAUCUGGUCGAGUUCCAAGUUUUGUAA